UGGUGAAACCCAAACACUGAAACACACACAAAAAAACAGAUACAACAUUUUCAGCUGAGAAAAUGGAGAAACAAAGGCAGAAAACUUCUCCAAUUGAUAUGAUAGGAGAAGAUCUAUUAUACAACAUAUUCAGUAAAUUACCAGCAUUAGAAUGUGCAUCUGCCUCAUGUGUUAGCCGUUCUUGGAAACUUAUAAUUACUCGGCUCCUUUCUCUACCAAAACUCUCUUCUUCUCUUUCCAGAAACCCUAAUCUCAAGGUUGCUGUGAAUGAUGUUGUUGAAAAGGUUUUAGCUAGUCCGAUUCGGCCCCAGUUUGUCAUUGCUUCCAUUGGUCCUGCUUUUGACUUGGACGAAGCUCAGAGGCUGAUUACUGGUAGAUUUGGCUCCCAAAUUCCAGUAAUUACUUCGAUUUCCCAAGGAAUUUUUGGGCAAGAUGUUACCACUAAUGAAUUUGAAGAGGUUCAGUGGGAAUUUGAGGAUGACGAGGCUCAUGGCGAUCUUGGUAAUGAGAACCAGGGUGCUUUACUGACUGUGGGUUUCUUGCCAGGAUUGACAGUUGAUUUAAUUCCAUUAUCAAAAACUCGGGGAAAUCAACUCAUGAUUGAUGAUCUCGUGCUCAGUAUCAGGGAUCGUUCAUCCUCUCAUUCUGGAUCAGCUUCACCGAUGGGGAUUUUGUUAUUUUCUGACGAGGGCACUGACAUCAAACCUGUCCUUGAAAAGUUGGAUUAUGCCUUUUCCGCUGAGACAGUCAUUGUGGGUGAUGGGGGUUCUCAGUUUUUAUACCGAGGUGAAACUGUAAUUAACCCUUCUAAUAACAAAGCUUCGAGUACCGCUGCUGUUGCUCUUUCAUUUUCAAGGGAUAGAGGCAAACCUCCUGGUGUUGGCGAAACUCAGUUUCAUGUAAUGUUAUCCUCUGGCAUUUCACGGAUUGGGCCUACAUACAAAGCUGUUUCUGUUAAGGAGAGACCCAAAGACUAUUCCACUUGGCUCACUGCGAAAAGACAUGCAGUUCGUGAGAAUCUUGAUGGUCAGACUAUUUUAGAUCAGAUUUAUGAUGAGCUGGGAGGUCCUAACCAUUGUCCAGCUCUCUAUGUCGGAGUUACGAAGAGGAGGAAAUGCUCUAUUGGGCUGGAAAAACCAAGCUGGAUAAGUAUGCAUGAAUUCCAUGAGGUUCUAAGAGGUGAUGAGGAGUAUCUGUAUGUCCAUGGUGUUGGUAUCAGAAGUGGAGACUCCUUCCGGUUUUACCAUUCAAAUUCUGAGUUGGCACGUGCUUCGUGCAACACUACUGCAAACAGCUUCAGACAUUUGAAGCAAGAUCUUAACUAUCAAGGUGAUCAUCAUACAAAUAGCAAUGGUGUGGAUAUGAAUAAGAAGUCUGUAUUUGGUGGUAUAAUGUUUGCUUGCUGUGGUCGUGGCAAGUUACUUUUCGGUGAACCUAAUGUAGACGGCUCCCCUUUCUUGGAGAACUUCCCUGGGGUUACUUUCUCAGGAACCUAUUGUGCCGGAGAAAUUGCACGUGCAGAUUUAAGCUCAUACGAACAGGAUUCUCAGGAACACAUUGAUGCACGCUGCUGUUUGCACGUAUUUAGCACUGUCUAUCUGGUUAUGUCAUGUACCCCUGCAUUGCCACAGCAUUAGAGACGGCUGGUUUUGCCAUUGGCGAUGUGGUGGGUAAUGGCAAAAAAAAAUUUAGUUGUUUGAAUAGGGUACUGCUCUGUACUAACGACGAGCUAAUAGCUUAGCAAAAGGAUUAUGUCUCUUGUAGAUAUUUCAAAAGCCAUUCUGGAAGUUUUACUUCUAAUUUAGUAGCUUUUUUGUGUUUGUAAAUGACAUUUCUGCAAGAAUUGUACUGCUUUUUAUAUACCUACAUUGAGCUCCAUCUUCUGGUUUAGGAACUAGUUAUGCAGGGUUUUAUAAUGCAUAUAUUGCAUGUAUCGGUUAUACGGUGAAUAACAAUGCAUGGAUAAAUUGGUAUUAUGCGUUGAAUAAUAAUGUAGGGAUUACUGUGA